CCGGCAAAGCAGAAGCGAGAGACGACAAGAGGACGAGGAAGGACAGUUCAGUGGAGGAGACACGGUGGAGUUUUAUAUACAGAAGGCUUGAAAUAAAAAAGAGAAAAUUUAGGCAGAACUAAGUUCAGCUAAACCUCAUCUUCCUCAAAGCAAUGACCGCGUGCAUCUUUAUACGAGGAGGGAAGAUUGAGAGAGAAUUGGCGGAUGACGAGAUUGAAGAGCUGCGUGAGGCGUUUGAAGAGUUUGAUAAGGAUAAGGAUGGACUGAUCAGCUGUAAAGAUCUGGGCAACCUGAUGAGAACUAUGGGUUACAUGCCUACGGAGAUGGAGCUGAUCGAACUUGGACAGAAUAUCAACAUGAACCUGGGAGGACAGGUGGAUUUUGAAGACUUUGUGGAACUGAUGGCACCAAAACUCCUGGCUGAAACAGCUGGCAUGAUUGGCAUGAAAGAGCUGAGGGAUGCCUUCAAACAGUUUGACAUGGACGGUGAUGGAGAGAUCACGACAGAAGAGCUGAAGUUAGCUAUGAGUAAGCUGUUGGGGGAAAACAUGAGUCACAAAGAGAUCGACGCCGUGGUCAGAGAGGUCGAUGACAACGGUGAUGGAACUGUGGACUUUGAAGAGUUUGUGAAAAUGAUGUCAAGCUGCUGAGAGAGGUGCAGAGGUGGGAAGUGACGACACGCACCAUUACUUUCUUACUGUACUUUCCCCCUAUCUGUUUUUUUUAACUUUUUGUCCUCACUACAUUUUCAAAAAAUUGUGCAUUAGCAGAAUUCAUAACACAUCUAAUCUUUUAUGGAAUGAAAAGAGCUUUUGUACUUCUUACAUUCCAUGGUUAGUUGUUAAAAGAAGUAACUAAAGUAACUAAAAUCAGUGUGUGGAUUGAGCUAGGUCUUUUGUUUAGAUUUGGUCAAUCUUUCUUGUGCUUUCAUACUUAAAUGGAAGGGUUUCUACAUUUCUAUUUUAACUUGAAUACAGAAUUGGAAGCUUUCAAUUUUCUUUUUUAUCAGAGUAUUUAUUUAUAUGAGUAAUUGCACUUUUAUUGAAGUACAGAAUAAACUGUGUGCAUGUACACCGAUCGGGCAUAACAUUAUGCCUAAUAUUGUGUUGGUCCCCCUUUUACUGCCGAAACAGCCCUGACCCGUUGAGGCAUGGACUCCACUAGAUCCCUGAAGGUGUGUUGUGGGAUCUGGUGCUAAGAUGUAAGCAGUAGAUCCUUUAAGUCCUCUAAGUUGUGAGAUGGGAUUAAGAUCUGGGGAAUUUGGAGGCAGAGUCAACACCUCAAACUGGUUGUUGUGGUCAUCAAACCAUUCCUGAACCAUUUCUGCUUUGCGGCACGGUGCAUUAUCCUGCUGAAAGAGACCACAGCCAUCAGGGAAUACUGUUUCCAUCAAAGGGUGUAGAUGGUCUGCAACAAUGCUUAGGUAGGUGGUACGUGUCAAAGUAACAUCCACAUGGAUGGCAGGACCCAAGGACAAGAACAUUGCCCAAAGCAUGACACUACCUCUGCGGGCCUGCCUUCUUCCCAUAGUACAUCCUGGUGCCAUGUGUUCCCCAGGUAAAAUCCUUACUCUUGUCCAUUUUUCCUGCUUCUAACACAUCAACUUUGAGGACAAAAUGUUGACUUGCUGCCUAAUAUAUCCCAUCCACUAACAGGUGCCAUGAUGAGGAGAUCAUCAGUCUUAUUCACUUCCCCCUCUCACUGCUCAUAAUGUUAUACCUGAUCGGUGUAUAUGCCAACACGGUUGGAAACAAACAUUAAAAAAAAAAACAGAUAUGCAUAAACUGAUGUCCCAUCCGAUAUACUGCUGUCUUUCUCCUAGAGUUAAAUCCGAGAUGUUGCUUUAAUUAUCGUUCCUUCAGAUGGCAGAAAUGUAUAGGUCAAAGGUUUUGAAUUCUGAAGUGGUCAAUACAGGAAGGUGGAAACUGGAGGGUUUCUGAAGGGAGACUUUGAAAUAGGGAAAGGUUGAGGGUUGUAGUUUGUUAUCUGGCUGGGAAUCAUGGGAAAUGUAGUUCCUAGUGAGCAGAUUUUAUGAGUGACCAAGAUCUUCACUUGUCUGGAAUCAUCUAUGUCUUGAUAUUCAUAUUUUCCUUUAAUUUGUCACUUCUCAGUAUCUAUGCAUAGCUACACAUACAACUAUAUUCUCACUUUCAACUAUGCAAAAGUUUUAAAAAGGCUGUUUUUGUUGUUGUUGUUCGUUUUAAUAUAAUUGUAUUAUGCAAUGAUGCCAUUUGAGGCUCAAAAUGUUAUACAUUAUACUCACUGAUGAUAAAAUACUGUAUC